GCAAUCACUUUGCGCUUCCAGUUGAGCGCACAGCGGUGGAAGCGGCGGAUACUUCUAAACUGUAAACGGUGCUGAGUCUGAAGGGUGGACGUCGCUUGGGCUGGAAGAGAGGAGGAAAAAUGAGCUCCGUCCACCUGAUCUCCAGAGAGUGAGCGGAGAAAGCAGAGCGCGUAAAACCUGUGGGAGUGUGUGAGGGGGGUGGGUGUGGGAGCAUGGCCGUGGACGGCACCGCGCUCCUCAGAGCCGGGCUGCUGUUGUUGAUGGCAGCUCAAGUGCUUCCAUCAGUGUCUGGCUGCAACAGAGGCUUCUACGAAAGCAUGAUCAACGAGUUCUGCUUAGCCAAGUUCAAGUUCGACAUGGCAGGACUGGACAGAGGCCUGUGGUGCAACUGGCCUGAGACCAUGGAGAUUUAUGAGGGCUUAACCAACUGCACAUACCAGGUAGCCCUGAGGAUGAGCUGCUUUUGGCCGAAUCACAUCGUUGACCGCUUCUUCAUGCAGAUCCACCGGUUGUACUUCCACGACUGCGCUCUGACCGGCCGCCUCAUCCACGACCCACCCAUCAGCGUCCUCGCUCCGUUCAUCGCCGUGCCCGUCCUGGUCACACUACUCAUGACCGCCCUGGUGGUGUGGAGGAGUAAACGCACCGAAGGUGUACUGUAAAAACACUUUAGGUUUGGACUCAUAACAAACAGAGACAUGUAUUAUUGUGUAUUUUUUCAUCAUGUGUGUGUAAAAUUCCUUUAUAAAGAGUGUACAUAGAAUGCAGUGAAAUUAUAUGCAUGCAUGUUUAAAACCUACAACCAGUUUAAUACUAAUCUGUAAUAAACCUACCCUUUUGGUAUAAAAAUAUUACUUCUGUGCACUUAUUUUUAAUGAUAACAUCGUCAAUAUGAGAGUGUCAAAGUUUGGCAGCUGAGAGCAAUAAAGUUCUUUAAGAUUCUAGGGAUUUGGAGGCCAUGCAUGUUAAUUACCAUCUGUUCUCACCGCCCUAAACAAUCUGUCGACACAUAAAUAACAGUAGAGACGAGGACACUCAGGGAGAUGCCUGACUUGGAUGAAUAAUUGUUUUAAAUUUGGAGGAGAGGUGGAGAAAACAUGUCCAACAGAGGGUAAGACAAUAAUGACUAGACAGGAAAAAAGGGUUUGGACAUGGUUUUCCAGAAGAAAUUAAUAGGUUGUACACAAAAAAAUGUGAAAGAACAAAACAGAAAAACAGUUUUCAGGAACACGCACAACUCUAAGGACAGUCUUGCCACUGAUUCAUUCCUUCCCCAGACAUUCGCUGGAUGGUUUUCUCAUUCAAUAUCUCUAUUUUUAUACUUUGAGGACAAUUUGUAUCAAAACGGAUAUUUUCGAAACAGGACACAAUAAAAUCAAAUCCACUGACGUCACAAAGAAAUGCCCUGUUUUCAGUGCAGUUUAUUCAAUUCAUCAGCAAAAUCGACAAAAAAAGUCCUCUCUCAG